CGCCAAUUUCAGAUCAUCAAGCAUCCCAUUUGGCCAUUACAAAACCCUAGGACUCGUCUUCGCUCCUCGUUAUCCCCUGCACCGCACUCACCCUACCCCCUUCCCUUCAGCGCCUCCGCAUCACAAUGGCUUCCGAGAAGAAGCUGUCGAAUCCAAUGAGAGAAAUCAAAGUGCAGAAGCUGGUUCUCAACAUCUCCGUUGGUGAGAGUGGUGAUCGUCUCACCCGUGCUGCUAAGGUCCUGGAACAACUCAGCGGCCAAACCCCCGUCUACUCCAAGGCGAGGUAUACGGUUAGGUCGUUUGGAAUCAGGCGUAAUGAGAAGAUCGCUUGCUACGUGACUGUGAGAGGCGAAAAGGCAAUGCAGCUAUUGGAGAGUGGCUUGAAGGUGAAGGAGUAUGAGCUUUUGAGGAGGAACUUCAGUGACACUGGUUGCUUCGGGUUUGGCAUCCAAGAGCACAUUGAUCUGGGUAUCAAGUAUGAUCCUUCAACUGGUAUUUAUGGUAUGGACUUUUAUGUUGUUCUGGAGCGUCCAGGGUACAGAGUGGGUCGUCGCCGCAGAUGCAAGUCACGUGUCGGAAUUCAGCACAGAGUGACUAAAGAGGAUGCAAUGAAGUGGUUCCAAGUCAAAUAUGAAGGAGUUAUCCUGAACAAGUCUCAGAAUAUUGGAGCUUAGGAAGAUGCCUUUACUAUCUAUGUUAGUUUUUGGAAAUUGUUGUUGGCUGAAUUUUGUGCAAAACUGUAACUUGAGUUACAAUUUGACUUGAUGUUUAUGAAUUGGUAGAAUCUAAAUUACUAUUUUGUUGAUUCUGUAGUGGUUAUUGUGAUAAACCAGCCGGGUGCUACAUUAAGCAAUUCCAUUUGCAUCUCUAUAUUGGUUGGUU